CACUCGCUGCUGUGCUCCCUUGCAGGCCCUUCACAUGGACUACGUCGUGGCAGCUGCUAACCUGUUUGCUCAGACGUACGGCAUCAAGGGCUCCCAGGACCGGGAUCAAAUCGCUGAGCUCCUGAAGAACAUCAAGGUGCCCACCUUCACUCCAAAAUCCGGGGUCAAGAUCCACGUCUCCGACCAGGACCUGCAGAAUUCCAACGCCUCUUUGGAUGACAGCCGUCUGGAGGAGCUGAAAUCCACCCUGCCCUCUCUUGAGGCGCUGUCGACCUUCAGAAUGUAUCCCAUUGAGUUUGAGAAGGUAGCAGCAGUUCCAGUUGUUAAAGCGAUCCAUUCAAGCCCCUUCCCGACAGAGAGGCUCGCCCCUCUCUCCUCACUGUCCCCUUCUGAUUGCUCUUUGUCGGGAGGUCCCGAGCACAGCUCCAGAUGCACCUCCCCUUUGGAGAGGGCGCACUGCGUUACUCCCAGGGCGUGGCUGCAUUUGACUGGCGCCACCCAGCCUGGCGAGACUCUGACUGGCGUCUCCAGGAAGCUAGCCAGGGUAUCACUCCAGCAACCUUGUCACCAAGCCGUUACCCAAGUGCCCGUUCGGCCGUGUAUGUCGGGGGGGGGAGCGGGCUGACGACAGAGGGAGGUG